AUGGCAGGCGAAAUUUCAGCGACGUCGGGGGCAACAGAGAAAAGUCCUGUGCGUCCAAUGCAGCCACUAGACGGAGGGCAAGUUUCCAUCCAGGAAGAACACGCUUCAAAUCGCACACUAGUCUCACAGACACCAUUCAACUCUGCAGCUGAAACGACAGCAACCUACAUAGCUAAUCUAUGGCAUCCAAUAGUUAACCCAUCUCAGCAAGUAGCAAUCAUAACCACAACUCCGCAGAUCGUCGCAACACAACAAACCGUAACGACCCAAAAAUCAGGGGUAAAAUUUUCAUUUUCCAAUACAGUCCAAAAGCAUGAUUAA